AUGGAGGAGCUAGCGGAGGGACAUGUCACUAUUGGGACGGAGGGGGUGACGGAGGGACUGGUGGCUAUUGGAAUGGAGGGACUGGCAGCUAUUGAGAUACCUGAGGAUGUGGAUAGAAUACCUGAGGAGGAGAGGGUGCCGGAGGUGGAGGUGGUACUCGAGAUGACGUCACCCGAGGCAGAAGGGACACCCGAGGAGGGUACCAGAGGUGGAGGUGGUACCCGUGCAGGGGAUACUCGAGGAUGCCGAGGGGGCACUGGAGGAGGAGAGGUAACUGGAGGUGGAGGUGGUACCCGAGAAGACGCCAGACUUGCCGGACGUGGUCUUUGUUUUGGAGGAGGUGGUCACGAUAGCGGGCGAGAGGGUUGUCCCAAUGGCUGGGGAGAUGGAGAUUCCCGAGACGCAUGA